UCAAAACUCGAGGGCGACCUUGCAGAUUGAACCACCAAACCAUCCAAUGCACUCCUGAUGUCCUGCCCCAUGACCCUUGAAUUCCUCGGCCUCCUAAAUUCAGAUUUGUCGAAUGGUUGCCACAAUCCUGAGAGGGUCGCAUUGCUUCGUUCAAGCGAAGGGCAGACACAGAAAAGUCGAAAUGCAAUGCGCACCAGGACACAAAGCAGGAAAAGAGGCAAAAAAGGGAGCAAGUCGCAGGGGAGUCGAGCAUGGCGAGGAGGACCGAGAUGGGACAAGGCAGCUUCGUUCGCUCCCGCAAGGUGCGUGCAUGGCAUCGGGAAAACGCUGUGCGAUCACAGACACGACCGGAGGUUCCUCCGUAAACUCUCGAAUCAAUGCGACAGGCAGGUCCAGAAGCCCUACGACUUCACCCAUUCGGCUCCGCAAAUCUCACGAGGAUACGACUUCAGCAUACGUCAUGCGAUUCAGAAUAGACAGCACCGGGAUUAUGGAUAUAUGUGGUCGACGAAAUAAUGUCAAGUUAUCGCUGGUUGAAGUGCACGCCUUCGCGCGUGGAGGCAUAAAGAGAGGCAGACUGGCGUAUCAUUGGAAUACAAGAUGUAGAAGAGUCAAGCAAUUGACCGGAGUGUAAAUGUUUGUCCCUCUGUGUGGUCUGGUUUAUGGGUACAGCGCCGUCACGAUCAGUGGGGGGGACAAGAACGUCCAAGAGAGAAGAAUCAUCUUCCAUUUUUCCAAAAACCACCGCUAAAGAUGUUGACCCAGACUCGAA